AUGGCGGCGAUUGCUCCUGACAAAGGUUUGACACAUAUUUACGAUGACCAGUAUGAUGACCGGUAUGACGACCAUUACGAUGACCAGUAUGAUGACCAGUACGGUGACCAGUAUGAUGUCAAGUAUGAUUACCAAUAUGAUGACCAGUACGAUGACCAGUAUGACGACCAUUACGAUGACCAGUAUGAUGACCAGUACGAUGACCAUUAUGAUGUCCAGUAUGAUGACCAGUAUGACGACCAUUACGAGUACCAGUAUGAUGAGCAGUACGAUGACCAUUAUGAUUACGAUGACCAGUACAAUGACCAGUAUAAUGAUGACCAGUAUGAUGACCAGUAUGAUGAUGACCAAUAUGAUGAACAGUACGAUGGCCAUCGUGAUCAACAGUACGAUGACCAAUAUGAUUACCAGUACGAUGGCCAUCGUGAUGACCAGUGCGAUGACCAAUAUGGUGAUGAACAGUAUGAUGGCCAUCGUGAUGACCAGUAUGAUGGCCAGUAUAGUGACCAGUUCGAUGACCAGUAUGAUGAUGACCAGUAUGAUGACCAAUAUGAUGAUGACCAAUAUGAUGACCGGUACGAUGGCCAUCGUGAUGACCAGUACGAUGAUCAAUAUGAUGACCAGUAUGAUAACCAAUGUGAUGACCAGUACGAUGACCAGUAUGAUGAUGACCAGUACGAUGGCCAAUAUGAUGACCAGAAUAACGGCCUGAAUGAUGGCCAGGGAGAUUACCAGAGUAAGGAGCACAGUGAUGACCAAACUGGUGACCAUGUUGAUGACGAUAGUGUUGACCUUAAUGAUGACCAGUAUGAUGACAAUUGUGAUGACCAACAUGAUGACCUAUAUCAUGAAAAUAUAAAUGACAAGUAUGAUGACCAGUAUGAUGACCGGAAAGAUGAUGGCCAAAGUGAAGACCAUUAUUCUUACCAGUUUGAUGACCAGUAUGAUUAUCGGUAUAAUGAGAAGAAUGAUGGCCAGUAUUCUAACUAG